AUGGCGGAUUUCGGUAGCCUCAAAUUCGUGGAGCUUAAGGCAGAACUUAAGAAACGAGGACUGCCGGUUCAUGGAUUGAGAAAAGAGCUUGUGGAGAGGCUUGCUGCCGAUGCUUCUCGAGAUGCGAGUGGAGAGGGAAAGGAUCACAAUGCUUGUGGAGACGAACAUACUCAAGACGACGACUCUGAGAUUGAGAAUGAAGAGGUACUUGAGUCUCCGAAUCAAGCUCGAGAGGAGAACAGAAGGCAAAAUUUGCGAUCCGACUUGGUGGUGAUGUCUGAAACUAACACCGCAUCGAAGGACACUCAAAGCGAUUUACUUCUCAUGUCUCUUGCACCGGAAAUCUUCUCUGAGAUCCUGUCACACAUUCCCUCACCAUCCGACCUUGCCAGCCUGUGUCUUGUAUCCCCGAAACUUUACACAUGUGUCGUGCCGCUUUUGUACCGCAAGUUCACGUAUCAUGGUGUCGAGCAUGAUUCGAAGAUUUUGAAGCGGUUCUGGUUGACGAUGUUGUGGAGAAACGAUUUGGCAGCUCGUGUUGAGGAGUUGGAUAUUGGGGAGUGGGGUAAGUGCCCGAGGUUGGAGGAUCAUGUUGGGGAUCCGAAUGGUGGUUGGGAGGAAGAGGAAAGCAGUGAGGAGGAUAGUGGAGAGGAAGAGGAGGACGUUGGGGUUGAGGUUGAGGAUGAUGAAGGCGAUGGGCAGGGUGAUGACGAGCCCUGGGAUUCUCAGGAAGAGUCUAUUGCUACGAUUGAAGAAGGUGGUACUGAUGACGAGGGGAUCUCAAACCCAGGAGACCAAAAUGAUCACAACAACGAAGAAGAUGAUCCGUCAAUCGCCUUUGAAAAGCUGAAGGAGAAAUAUAGAAAGAAGAAGGAAAAAGCUGAACGUAAAGCACUGAUGGCACAACCCAUGCCAGCCUACUUCAAAAUCUCAAAGUCCGAUAACGAAGAUUCAGAUUUUGAGCCAUCAGAGUCAGGAUCUGAUUCAGACAGUCUUGCAUCGAGCCCAGAUUCCGAAAUCGAGGUUGAGGAAGACGGUUACCUUGGCCCGGAAGACAAGAAUUCACGCUACAAAGAUGUCUACGAGGCUUUGAAAAAGGAGGCUUCCAUGCUCGGCUUUUCGUUCACUGAUUUUCUUGCUGACUACUAUAAGGCGGCGUGGGAUCCUGAUGGAGAGCUUGAUGAAGAGGAAUUGCUUUGCAAGAUGCUUCCGCUGCUGAAGAAUGUCAAGACGAUGUAUAUGAUGCCGAUUGAGGUGGGCUAUGAUGGCACCCCAUUGGGAAAGAUGGUUGCGAAAAGCUUGCGAGAGGAAAGGCCUGUCUUGGAGAAGUUGGAGAAGUUGUUUAUGUGUAGCUCGCUACACAUCGGAACUAAAGGGCAUCGAGAAUAUGAGAUGGAGCUCAACCAAUUUCUCCCGUAUCUACUCCUCCCCAGCCUCCAUACCCUCUCCCUCCUCACACCCAUGACACCUUUCAACUGCGGCAACGAUCCAGAUCCAGAUCUCUCACCCUACACCAACAAGUCCAACAUUACAUCCCUCACUCUUGACGAGAGCGAGCUAGAGCCCCGCGACACAUUUGCACUUCUCGCCGCGGCGAAAGCCCUCACCUACUUCCGCUGGUCGCAGGACUCGCACUGUGCGACGAGCUGGUCAGGCUGCCACGCCCCCUUCCACAAAAACAUCGUCAACGCAUUAGCAAAACACAAAGCCAGUCUGAGAGAACUCGACCUCGAUCUUAGACACACAUACUGCAAUACACGCGGGCAUGCCGCGAAUCCAGCAACCACCAAUGAAGGUCUCCGCAAGAUGUAUGGCCUGCAAACUGGUUUGAGAGCAGUGGAGCGAGAUAGUCUGCUCAUUGGCUCGCUGAGAGAUUUCAGUGUGCUUAAGACCCUGUCGAUUGAUGUGGCUGCUUUGUGCGGACACCAGAGUUGGGUAGAGUCGCCCACGUCGAUGGUGGAACUUCUUCCUCCAGAUUUGCACACGCUUACUCUCCGCGUCAAAGUCAAGCCAGGUCGUGAGGUUGCAACGGAGUUCGAUAACAGGUUGUGGAUGAAACAGGUGUUUGAUCUACUGGAGAGGAAGGAUAAAUUCGUGUAUGGAUUGAGGGUGUUGAAAAUUAGGGUGAGUAGGAAGGUGGAUCGCUGGGAUGGGAAGAAGUGGUGGAUGGAGAAUGAAGAGGGGGAGAAGGGAUUAUGGAGGGAGUUGGAGAGCCGGUGUGAGAGUGUGGGGAUUGAGUUUGAUGUUCAGAAUGAGGAGUGGGGGACGAAGAUACCGUAUUUCGUUGAGAAGAGUGCGGCUCGGAAUCCAGGGAGAGACUGGUAG